AAAGAAUAUAACCCUUCUGGAACGACGCACUGCGGUUGCUCGCUCCAUGUUCGGCCGCCAACUCUCCGCUCGUCGGUCUUCGGUUCUUCCCGGCGUCUUCCAGAAAGAAACCCAUCUUCUUCGGCGGAAACUGCGGCUGGGAUUUUAGCCCUCUUCAGGAUUUGGGACCCUCUGAAAAACAGAGGCUGCUACAAGUAAAUUAAAUGGAGAUAGAUUUGGGGAAGCUUCCAUUUGACAUUGACUUUCAUUCAUCGGAUCAGCUUGUUGCUGCAGGAUUGAUUAAUGGUGACCUUCACCUAUACCGAUAUAACCCUGACAGCGCACCUGUAAGGUUGUUGGAAGUUCAGGCGCACGCUGAGUCUUGCAGAGCUGUUCGGUUCAUCAAUGAUGGACGUGCUCUGUUGACGGGUUCUCCAGAUUGCUCAAUAUUGGCAACAGAUGUUGAAACUGGAUCUGCCAUCGCCCGUCUAGAUAAUGCCCAUGGCGCUGCAGUCAAUAGAUUGAUAAAUUUGACUGAGUCAACUGUCGCUACUGGAGAUGAUGAAGGGUGUAUUAAGGUGUGGGAUACUAGACAACGUUCUUGUUGCAACUCAUUUAAUGCUCAUGAAGAUUACAUUUCAGACAUGACUUUUGCAUCUGAUGCAAUGAAACUGUUGGGAACAAGUGGAGAUGGGACUCUCUCUGUUUGCAAUCUUCGAAGAAAUAAAGUCCAAGCUCAAUCUGAGUUCUCAGAAGAUGAGCUGCUGUCUAUUGUUAUAAUGAAGAACGGUCGGAAAAUUGUCUGUGGAUCACAAACUGGAACCCUAUUACUGUAUUCAUGGGGAUAUUUCCAGGACUGCAGUGAUCGGUUUAUUGAUCUCUCACCAAACUCUAUUGAUGCUUUGUUGAAGCUUGAUGAGGACCGGAUCAUAACUGGAUCAGAGAAUGGGUUAAUCAAUCUGGUCGGAAUAUUACCCAACAGGAUCAUCCAACCAAUUGCAGAACACUCAGAAUAUCCUAUUGAACGUCUUGCUUUUUCUCAUGAUAGAAAGUACCUCGGCAGUAUUGCACAUGAUCAUACUUUAAAGCUAUGGGACUUGGAUGAUCUGAUACAAGGUUCGAGAAGCACACAGAGGAAUGAAGCUGAGGUGAUUGAUAGCGACAAGGAUGAGAUGGAUGUAGAUGCUAACCAUUGUAAGAGUGAUAAAGGGACCAAGAGAAAGAAUGAAAGUAAUGGCUCCAACAAUUUUUUUGCGGAUUUGUAGAUUGUGGGAACACAAGCUUCUUGUUUAACUCUACAGAACGCCACUUCCCGGGGAAGCUUUUCUGGUUCCAUGAUUUUGGUAGAUAAACAACACUUGGCUACGUCAAUGGUGUUUUUGUGAUCUUGAUUUCCAAAUAGUUGGAAUCUGAAGUCAUUUUUUGUUUUUAAUGACAUGCUAUUUUUUUUUUCCAGGAACACAAUAUAUUGUUAUUUGUCUCGAAGUUUGAAUCUUUUGAUACAUUUUCUCAUCGAGUUUAAAGUAAAUUAUUUGAGUCACGUUUGUGAAUGCAAAUCAUUCUUAUUUUA